AUGAAGCGGGGUGACAUCUACCUCGUGUCCCUCGACCCGACCGCCGGACAUGAGCAAAGCGGCAGCCGUCCCGUCCUGGUCGUGUCGCCCUCUGAGUUCAACGAUGCCACCAAGCUGCCGGUGAUCCUGCCGAUCACCAACGGCGGCGAGUUCACCCGCCGCCUGGGUUUUGCCGUUCCCGUAACAGGUAUCAAAACCAUCGGCGUCGUGCGCUGCGACCAGCCGCGCGUGAUUGACCUGGAUGCCCGACAUGCCCGCAAGGUAGACACGCUGCCAGCGCCGAUCAUGGACGAAGUGCUGGCGAAGGUUGCCACGCUUUUCGAGUGA